UUUCUUUAACAUUACGGUGUAUCUUGUUUUAUUUAGUUUUAAUAAAGUAUUAUAGUCAUCAAAUAUAACCUAUGUAUAAGAAAUGAAAUUAGAAAUGUCACGUGGAAUGAUAUCUCUGGUUUAAAUUACAAAUUUAACUUCUAUCUAAUUUAACUGUUAUUUUAUGUUAAUUGCAUGAGCAACUGUAAUAAAAGAUAUCAGUAAUUAAGGAUAAGUAGAAUGGCAAAAAAUAAAACACAAGAUAAAUUUACAAAGCUAAAAAGCAAAGCCUCCAAUACUAAAAAGGAAAAUAAAUUUAAGAUGUCAAUAUUGAAUACUUCAGCUACAGUUUUAUGUAUUAGUAUUGCUGCUUGGUUUAGUUAUAAAGGAUAUCUUGAAACCAGAGUAAAUACUCCAUAUGAUACAAAAAAGUUAGUAACAACCUCUGGGUUAGAUGCCCCAGAUAGAUAUUGGGGUAGUUAUAGAUCAGCUGCCUAUUUUGGAUUAAAAACAAGAGAUCCACAUUCAUUAGUAACAGGAUUGAUGUGGUAUUUUCCACAUCUAUUACGUCAGGAUGGUAGUGGCCUUAGACAUUGGUGUGAACAAGGUGAUAAAUUAGAUAGAUAUGCUUGGAUGGAACAUGAUGGAAGAACUUUUGGUGUUCAAGAAAUAGUAGAUGGUUCAGCUAUUUUGAAUACUACAUUUGUUAAAAGACUUGGUGGUAAACAUGGUGGAGAUUGGACUAAAAGAAUUGGUGUAACUUCUGAAAAUGGAGUAAGAAAUGGUGAAGAAAUUUCAUUACUCUUCUAUACUGCCAUUGAAGAAAACACCAAGGGAUGGAUUAAAGUCAGUCUUGGUGAUGAAAGACACCUAACAGGUGUAGAAGGAAAUACCCAAGGGUUGGGUUCAUUUACUAUAAAUCUCAACAUAGUACAGGGAACUGUAGAAGAGCACUCGUUUUUAGCAACUGUUGUCCCUAGUUUGACUGUUUUGAAAGAAACCAUUCUUCAGAAUCUUAGAAUAGCAUCUCACAAAGGAUCUUCAAAAAAACACAUAAUCUUGUCAGGUGAACAAAUACCACUAUCAGCAGAUGGUAAGAAGAAAGAAGCAAAUUUUAUUGUAACACAAAUAACAGGAAGAAUUCCUUUUGAAAUUGAAAUUAGUUACGAGUCAGGUAGUUUCAUCAACAGGGUUAACAAACUAACUGGUCAAAACUAUGAACUUGCUUUAGAAAAGCAACGAAAAUUAUUCGACGAAAAAUUCGAAAAAUUAUUUAAAUUAAGAUCAAAAGGUUUUACAGAAGAAGAUAUCACAUUUGCAAAAAUGUCACUAUCGAAUAUGAUAGGUUCCAUAGGCUAUUUCUAUGGAAGUUCACAGGUACAAAGUCAAUAUACUAAAGGACCUGUGCCUUACUGGAAAGCACCUUUGUACACUGCUGUGCCUAGCAGAAGCUUUUUUCCACGUGGUUUUUUGUGGGACGAAGGAUUCCAUGGUUUACUUAUAUCAAUUUGGGAUUUAGACAUUGAAUUAGACAUCAUGAAUCAUUGGUUUGAUCUGAUGAAUGCAGAAGGUUGGAUUCCUCGAGAAAUGAUUUUGGGUCAGGAAUCUUUAGCAAAAGUACCAGAAGAAUUUGUGACUCAAAUAAAUACAAAUGCGAAUCCGCCUACAUUCUUUUUGACGUUACAUUUUAUACUUAAGCAUAAAGAGAAGGAAAUAUUAGACAAACGUUUUCAAUUUCUUGAUAAAUUGUAUCCUCGACUUCAAACAUGGUUUAAUUGGUUUAAUACUACACAAAUAGGAGAUAUACCAAGUACGUACAGAUGGCGAGGUAGAGACGGAACAACUAACAAGGAAUUAAAUCCAAAGACACUGACUUCUGGAUUGGAUGAUUAUCCAAGAGCUUCUCAUCCAAACGUCGAUGAAAGACACGUAGAUUUACGUUGUUGGAUUGCAUUUGCUGCGAAUAUUAUGUACCAGAUUAGUGAAAUUUUGAAUCAGCCUAAUAACAAAUAUAAGGAAACGUACCAGUAUUUAUCCGAUAAUAAUUUAUUGAAUAAAUUACACUGGUCACCGAAUACUGAAACCUAUGCUGAUUUUGGAUUGCAUACAGAUAAAGUAGUUCUGCGGAAACCAAUUACACCUACAAGAUCACAUGUACAACAAUUGGAAACAAUACGGGUCGUUUCAGAAGAUCCAACUUUAAGAUAUGUUGAUACGUCCUUUGGCUAUGUAUCAUUAUUUCCAUUUAUUUUACAAAUCAUUGAUCCCAAUUCUCUGCAAUUAGGCAAAGUAUUACAAGAUUUAAAGAAUCCUGAUCUUUUAUGGACUAAGCAUGGUUUAAGAUCGCUAGCAAAGAUAUCUCCGUUUUAUAUGAAAUAUAAUACUGAACAUGAUGCUCCUUAUUGGCGAGGAGCUAUUUGGAUGAAUUUAAAUUACUUGACAGUAAGAGCUACACAUUAUUAUUCUACUAUUGAUGGACCAUAUCAAGAUGAAGCAAGAAAAAUUUAUCAAAGUUUAAGGCAGAAUCUAAUACAGAACAUUAUUAAACAAUAUAAAAAGUCAGGAUAUUUGUGGGAAAAUUAUGGAGAUGUUUAUGGAGAAGGUAAAGGCAGUCAUCCAUUUACUGGUUGGACAUCUUUAGUUGUACUACUUAUGGCAGAAAUAUAUUAAUUAUGUACAGCUUCUCUUAUAGACACUGUUUUAGUAAUGAAAGAAUCAAAAGAUAUAAACAAGUGGUUUAAACAUUCUUUAUACUUUCAGUUGUUAAGUAUAACAGUGUGAUAAUCUUAUUAAAUUAUUACUGUUACUUCUAGAAAACAACAAAUAUUGCAUACAAGUUUUACAGCCUGAACCAAUAUUAUUUAUAGUUCCUAAUUUUGUAAUAUUUUAGAUAUAACUGCUGUUUUUUAAUAUUAAAACAGUAAAUUGUGAAAUCAUGGGAAACAGUCUAUAUUAUUUCAAUAUAACAUUAUUAAAGACAUUUUCAACUCUUGGCUGUGACUCGUUGAAAAAGAUUAUGCUGUAAUGUUAAGUCAUCUUGAAAUAAAAAACAUUUAAAGUU